CUCUCCCUCCUCCCCUCUAGGUAUAAUUAUGCUCUCAUGCAACUCACUAAUUUUGACACCGCCACACAACUCGCCCACUGGAGACAAUGGAAGCAAUUGUCAUGUAUCCAUCUCCGGGGAUCGGGCACCUAAUCUCAAUGGUGGAGCUAGGUAAGCUCAUCCUCAACCACCACCCAUCCUUCUCCAUCAUCAUCCUCACCACCACUACUCCCUUCAACACCGGCUCCACCUCCCCUUACAUCCACCACGUCUCCUCCACCACUCCCUCCAUCACCUUCCACCACCUCCCUCCUAUCUCCAUCCCUCUCGACCCCAACUCUUAUCCCUCCAUUGAAGCCAUCACCUUCCAAACCCUCCUCCUCAAUACUCCUAACGUCCACAGUGCCCUCCAAUCCAUCUCACUCACAUCCACUGUCUCCACCUUCAUCAUCGACUUGUUCUGCACUCCUGCUCUCCCUAUCGGCGCCCAACUCCAAAUCCCCACAUACUGCUUCUUCACUUCCGGCGCUGGUUGCCUUGCUUGCUACCUUUACCUACCCACGAUUCAUCGAAACACUACUGGAAAUUUUAAAGAUAUGAACACACUUCUCCAUUUUCCUAGCUUACCACCACCAAUACCCUCUUCCGAUAUGCCGAAGCCGAUGCUCGAAAGAACCUUCAGGGAAUACGUAUGCCUCAUCGAUUUCCUUACCCAGAUGCCCAAAGCCGAUGGAAUUAUUGUAAACACGUUCGAGUCGCUUGAACCCAAAGCUGUUAAAGCAAUAAUGGAUGGUGUUUGUGUUCCCGAUAGUCCUACGCCUCCGCUCUAUUGCAUCGGACCGCUGAUCGCAUCUGAUGACCGCCAUGGAGGUGGCGGCGAAGGCGGAGAAGUACAUGAUGAGUGUUUAAGUUGGCUGGACUCGCAACCGAGUGGAAGCGUGGUGUUUCUAUGCUUUGGAAGCUUGGGUUUGUUCUCGGCGGAUCAAUUGAAGGAGAUCGCAAUUGGGCUGGAGAGGAGUGGGCUGAGGUUCUUGUGGGUGGUGCGGAGUCCACCGCCAGAGGACGAGAGCAAGAUCUUUUUUGCAACUCCCGACCCGAAUUUGGAUUUGUUGCUGCCCGAUGGGUUCUUGGAUCGGACAAAGGAGAGGGGUUUUGUGGUCAAGUCAUGGGCCCCACAGGUCGCGGUGUUGAAGCAUGACUCGGUGGGUGGGUUCGUAACUCAUUGCGGGUGGAACUCGGUGCUGGAAGCUGUGUGCGCGGGCGUGCCCAUGGUGGCGUGGCCGCUUUAUGCGGAACAAAGGAUCAAUAGGGUGCUGUUGGUGGAGGAAAUGAAAUUGGCCUUGUCGAUGAAUGAGUCGGAAGGUGGGUUUGUGACGGCAGAUGAGAUGGAGAAGCGAGUUAGUGAGUUGAUGGAAUCAGAGAAAGGAACGGCGGUGAGAGAUCGAGUCAAGGUGGCAAGUGAGGGUGGUCGUGCUGCUAUGAGUGAGGGUGGGUCGUCUCGGGCUGCAUUGGCUAAAUUAGUUGGGUCAUGGAAGCGGGAUUGGGUUGACUGAGAUUUGGUCUCGCUAGAGUUUGUAAUAAUGUUUAACUGGUCGGUUUCAUUAUUUUAUGUGAAAUUGUGUUAUGUAUGCAAUUUGGAUUCGGCAUUGAAUAACUAAAUAAGUUUUGGUACCCCCAAA